AUGGAGGUAGACAGGAUACCUUGCCCAAAUGACCCGAAGCACACUGUUGAUCGCAAAUCUCUCGAACAACAUCUGCUGAGGUUACAAGCUUGCUUACGAGUUUGGAGACGAUAUGUUUUCAGAUGCAACUCUCGUGUGGCUGAGGAAGAAUGGUUAAUCAAAGACGUGAAUGCAGUAGAAGGAGAAACAAAAUUCACAGAUAAAAUUGAUAGAAGAGCUUCAGAGGAAGACGUAUGUCGCGUUGUUGAGAAAUUGAAAAAAUGUUACGAGUCUGUGUAUGCUGAAGUUUCUACAGCUCAGCUUCAUACAGACGAGAUCGAAGACCAUCUGAAGCGAAAUCCAGAACUGUCUGAUAGCAAGCGCAAACAUCUUAUCCAGCAAAGUUCCAUCAUAGGCCAUUUGGAUUCUGUUGAUCUUCUACGCAAUGAUCCGUCCAACUGCAUUUUUGAGCUUGGUGCGGGAAAGGCUCAACUUGCGUACUGGAUGACGAAGAAGGCACCUAAUGCCAAAUUCUUAUUGAUCGAUCGAAGUGGUUCGAGAAACAAGUACGAUAACAAAGCUCUUCAAGAAAAUCCAUCACUGGACAUAAAACGACUGCGCUGUUCCAUAGAACAUCUUGAUCUGUCCAAAGUGGAUGCACUGAAGGAUGUAUCGAGCCUUUGCGCGGUUUGCAAACACUUUUGUGGGAGUGCAACAGAUGCAGGAAUUCGCUGCUUGUCGAAUGGAGUGUCCAGAGGUCUUUCCUUGAGCGGAUUUGUUCUUGUACCUUGUUGUCAUCACAAAUCUCGUUAUAGUGAGUACUGUGGACAUGAUUUUCUUGCGGAGUGGAAUAUGGAUAGUGAAGGCGACUUUGCUGCUUUGCGGCUUAUCGCGGCAUGGGCUGUAAGUGGGAUCACGUUAAGGAGAAUAAAUGAUUCACCCGAUUUGGAUGUGGAAAAAGUAACCAUUGAAAACAUGUUUGAAUCCGCUUCAAACGGACAAAACAGCAUAGCUUCUUGGUCUCCACAUUACAAAGAAGAGCUCGGCCGGAGGGCCAAAAUUAUUCUUGAGAUGGGUCGAGCACGGUACCUAAGCAGCCUUGGUUUCAAUACUCGUGUCAUCAAAUAUGUGCCGGAGAGCGUUUCUCCAGAAAAUCUGCUAAUUUUGGGGACCCGGAAGGCUACAUGA